UAAACCCGAAUUCAUUCACCUUCGUGGCAGCAGAAGAAACCCUCAUUUUCUGCCGUUGAGCUCGGUCUCUCUCUCUCCCCUCUUCUUGGAGUUUCAGAGCUCCCUUUUUUGUUUCCGUCCAGCACUUGUCCUCUCCUCUAUCUCUCUUCUUCUCUUCCUGCAAACAUGAGCAAGGGGCCGGGACUCUUCUCCGACAUCGGAAAGAAGGCCAAAGAUCUGUUAACUAAGGAUUAUAGCUCCGAUCAGAAAUUCACCGUCACGACUUACAGUGAUGCUGGAGUUGCCCUCACUUCAACUGCUGUGAAGAAGGGAGGAUUAUCAUCUGGUGAUGUUGCAGCCCAAUGGAAAUACAAGAGCACUCUCAUUGAUGUCAAAGUUGAUACAGACACAAAUUUGUCAACCACUCUCACUUUCGCAGACCUUUUUCCAUCCACUAAAACAAUUGCUACAUUGAAAUAUCCUGAUUACAGAUCAGGAAAGCUGGAAGUGCAGUACUUCCAUGACCAUGCAACUUUUGCUACAUCUGUUGCUCUGAACCAGUCCCCAUCUGUUGAUCUUUCAGCAACCAUUGGAACCCCAAGCUUUGCAUUUGGUGUAGAGGCGGGCUAUGAGAUUAAAUUGGGUAGUUUUACCAAGUAUAAUGCUGGCAUUAGCGUGACAAAGCCAGAGUCUAGUGCUUCAAUAAUUCUGGCUGACAAGGGUGACACACUCAGAGCAUCAUAUGUUCACCAUCUGGACCUGCUUAAGAAGAGUGCUGGAGUGGCAGAGAUCACGAGAAGGUUCUCCACAAAUGAGAAUACAUUCACAGUUGGAGGGUUAUAUGCUGUUGAUCCACAUACAGUAGUGAAGGCGAGACUCAACAACCAUGGGAAACUUGGGGCCCUCCUUCAACAUGAGCUUAAACCCAAAUCUAUCUUGACAAUCUCUGGUGAGUUUGACACCAAAGCCUUGGAAAAGAAUCCCAAGUUUGGGUUUACCCUGGCUCUUAAGCCUUGAAUGUUCCCUUGGUUAGAGCUAAAGAUAACACAACUGAUGAAUUCUCUCUACACAUUUGUGGUUAGAGUACGGGCAAUAAAUGGUUCCACAGAUAUAUAUUCUUUGUAGGUUCUGGGAUGGCUGUGGACUAUUUGAUUGGAUAUUUAGGUCUGUUUUGUCAUUCCUUCAAUUUUCUGUAAGCAUUCCACCAUUUUGACAUGAUGAGAAUGUUUUUAACUUCCAUAGAAUUUUGACAUGAUGAGAAUGUUCCCUUCGUUAGUCCUUCAUUUAUUUCA